UUUGGGCAGCUGUGACUAAUGAAAGCACAUAUAUAGAAGUGUGAGCCCAAACACAGAAAUUCAAAAUGCUUCUCAAACUGCCAUGUAGCUGUAAAAACUUUUUCAUUGGGUGAAAAUAAUGAAAGACUGCCCUGUGAUUACUAGCACCACUCCUUGAGCUGAGAACAUUUCUCUUUUAAGAAGAUGUAAGAAAUAUGAACCAGGAUUUACUUCCCUUUACCCUGUUCAUGGUUUUUCUUUGGCUUCUGCAUUAGUAGCACUCGGGUUUUGCUUCAAGUUUUUGUGGGUUUCCUUUCCAUUAAAAAUCCUGAAGUCUGUGAGCAACAGCAAGCAGAAGAAGGAGAUACUGAAUGCACCAGAAGGCCCGUGAGCUGAGAAAAAUGGAGACGCUGGCUCAGACCAUGAAUAUUUCCAAUAUUUCCAAGGCGACACUAGAUGACAGCUUCACUAACUGCUCCUCCAACUAUACGGUUGACGGCUUCAAACAAGUCAUUUAUCCCAUCACAUAUCUCUUUAUCUUCUUCCCGGGUGCUGUUGGAAACAGCCUCUCCAUUUAUGUUUUCUUCCAGACAUCGCAAAGGACCUCAGUAAACAUUUACAUGCAGAACCUGGCUAUUUCAGACCUCAUGUUUGUCAGCACUUUGCCCUUUCGAGCCUCAUAUUACCUCUUGGGAUCCCGUUGGAUAUUUGGUGACAUCCUCUGCAGGAUCAUGACUUACACCUUGUACAUGAAUAUGUACUGCAGCAUUUAUUUCCUGGCCAUCCUCAGCGUGGUUCGUUUCAUAGCCAUUGUCCACCCGUUCAAACAUGGAAAAGUGACCAACACCAAGUGUGCCAGAAUUACCUGUGUGGCUGUAUGGAUCUUUGUGCUGGCAGCUGCCAGCCCUCUGUUAAACAAGGGAAUCGCUGGCUACCGCAACCCAGUCAAAUGCUUGGACCUGCACCCCUCCAGUACACACAAGCUCCUCAUGAUGAACAGCUUUGUCCUUGUCGUGGGCUUCAUCCUGCCCUUCUGCACAAUCGUGUUCUGCUACGUCUUUGCCAUCAGAGCGCUGCUCAAAUUCCGGGCUCUGCAGAGCGGGAGGGCAAUCUGUCACAGGAAGGCGCUGCUGACCAUCGUCAUCACCCUCAUCCUCUCCCUCAUCUGCUUCCUGCCCUACCACAUCCUGAGAACUGUCCACCUGAUGUACAGCAGCUGCAGCCAGGCCAGACUGCACAAGGCGCUGGUGGUCACUCUCUGCCUCGCUGCCAUGAACAGCUGCCUCGAUCCCUUCCUCUAUUACUUUGCGGCUGAAAAUUUCAAAGCAAAACUCAGAAGUUUGUGCUGCAGGUAGCUGGUGCAGAAUUGCAAACCAAUAUAUAUAUAUAUAUAUAUACAGUCCUGAUGGGAUCUCUAGACUGGGCUCUUACUAUUCAAUGGCAGAAGCUGCGUGCUGUGCUGCUGGCCAGCCUGCAGCUGUGUUGCUCACUCUCAGGCAUCUCUGGAGCAGAAAUCUCUGGGACAGAGCUCUUUGUGAGUGUCAAAAACUGGGUCUGGAUGAUCUGAAGACAAGUGGCUGGGUAUGAUCCCUGGUUGUCCUCUGUUUAGCAACGUAGAGACACCUCUGUUGUUCACCCUCCCCAGGACAAGGCAUUGAAAGGAAUCCACCUUGCUACUGGAGUCCCAUUAUUUCAUUUCACAAUACUGAGUGACUUGAAAGGGAUACUGCUCACCUGACCACUUCAGUGUCUGUGCCUGAACCUCUCAGUGCUCCAUUUCCCUGCAUGUGCAGGGGUUCAGACACUGUGCUUCCCUACAUAUUCACAGUACCCUGACAGUUGCUGCAAACACUGUCAAAGGGGUUGUACAUUAAAGAAAUAUAAAGCAUCACUUAUGCUUUCUACUGAGGCUGACUUAAAAACCAGGAAGAGAGGCAAACAGGACCUGAGCACUGGCUCAGGCAGCUCAGAAGUCACUAACCUGUCUAAAUUUUCCACUCUGGGCCAGCCACCAAGGUAUUCUGCUUAUGGGUUUUCAAGGGAGAGAAUGAUUUCAAGAAAGUGGCAUCGUCCUGGACUGUUGUGAGUAAUCUGACUGCUGGCAAUGAGGGCAGGAUGAAGGUGCCGAGAGCACUGGGCAGCAUCCUGCAGCUCUUCAUGUGGAGUCAGUUCCUUCAAGGUCAUUGCAACACUUGUUUUUAUGCCUACUGUUGCCAGUGCUUCUCACAAAGCUGAGGCUAAGCAGUUCCAUUCCCAUGCAAGGAUCCAAAGACAAACUUUAAAAAUUAUUUUGGUCCAAAAAGGUUGCUAGGGAGUGGUUUCCACUGCACAGGUAAGUCAGUCUGACACUAAACAGCUGCCAAAGGCAUUCCCAAUUGCUCUUCUUCAGUCUCCUCUGAGGAGGAAACUGGUCCCUUUUUUCAUAGGAUUAACUUCCUAUUGGUUUGAAUUUCCUACAUCAAACAUGGAAGAAUCCAACAGGGAAGCACUAACCCAGGUACAGGAAGGAAAAUUUCAUCAAAUGUCUGUCUGUAUUUGUAAGUCUCUGAAUUUUUCUAAAAUAUGUUUUCUAAAAAUUAGACCUAAGUGAAAACAGGGUCCAAACUCAGUUAGACCAUAUUUAGAUUUUGGGUUUAAUUACCUCAUCUUUUACUAAAAACAGAGAAGAAGUUCAGUCAUAUUUUCCAAGAAAGCAGCUGGACUUAUAUGAAAACUAACAAAAAUGCUGAAAGCCUUCUCUUACUGGGAAAUUCAACAAAGGAGGGUUUCUCUCUGUGAAGAUACUUCUCAAUGCUCUGAACUUUUUAUGUAAAAAGAACGCCAUAAACUGAAUGUUAUUGCUCCCAAACAAAAAUAACAGCAGCAAGCUAUUUUUAGCUCUGUCUGAAAUAUUCAGAAAACAAAUCAUUGCUGGUCAGGUGGAAAAGUACUUGGCAAUUCACUGGAAAAGGCACAUUUUUUCUUGGCUAUCUAAGGGUUAUGUUCAAUCUGUUUCAGUCACUCGAUGCUGCCUUUGAUGUAAGCACAGAGUUUUAUCAGAAGCCUUCACUAAAGUUCAUGCUCCAAAUCCUUAUUUCAAUAACGCAGCAGCAUACCCGAGAGCUGACCUGAUGAUGCCACGUGAACUCCUUGAUCCCAUACUGUUGAUGAAAAAGGGAAUAUUAGCAGUGGUUUGCAAUGGGAAUUUGAUUGAGAUGGUAACCAUGCAGAUAUAGCAAGCUCAUAAUUGGAAGGAAAGGGCAAACUCUUUUUCUGUAGUUUUCACCCAUCAGGAGGAAACCUGAACAGCAACAAGUGACAAGCUUGAAGCCUCUCAUGAAACCCCACUGACUUCAAAUACUGCAAGAGAAUGCAAAAAAAUAGCCACAGUCUAAUCUCACCCACAUGCUUCUGUCUGUAUCUGUCCAGUGCACCUGAAUAUCAGAUAAUUUUGCAUUUAGAGGCUAUAUGUAUCUCACUUAUAAGGUCACUUUUUUGUAUUGAUCACACUUACUACUUUGUUGGCAAUUGAAUUAACUGUCAGAAUUGUGUUUUAAUAAACUAGAUUUACCUGUG